ACAAAAAAUAUUAAAAAAAAAUUGUGAAAAUAUUUUCGCGUAUUUGGGUUAUCGAGCUUAUCAUCACUAUUUAAAUAGUCAAGAAAACAAAGAGGAGAAAAUGUCGCUCAAUCCAAAUGGGUAUAAACUUUCCGAAAAGACGGGCAAAUUAACAGCUUUUGAGCUUUUGCCCACCACCCAAACAGCCCUACCCGAAACCCGAGAAUUCCUCCUGAAAGUCAUUGAUGUGCUGUUGGAUUUCGUCAAGGCCACAAAUGAUCGCAACGAAAAAGUCUUGGAUUUCCAUCAUCCGGAGGAUAUGAAACGCCUGCUGGAUUUGGAGGUGCCAGAUCGCGCUGUCAAUCUGCAGCAAUUGAUUGAAGACUGUGCCACCACUCUCAAGUAUCAAGUGAAGACGGGUCAUCCCCACUUCUUCAAUCAGCUAUCAUGCGGUCUGGACAUCAUCUCCAUGGCCGGCGAAUGGUUGACAGCCACUGCCAACACCAACAUGUUCACCUAUGAAAUUGCCCCGGUUUUCAUUCUCAUGGAAAAUGUGGUUCUCUCGAAAAUGCGUGAAAUCAUUGGCUGGCAUGGUGGCGAUUCGAUUUUGGCCCCUGGCGGCUCCAUUUCGAAUUUGUACGCCUUCUUGGCGGCUCGCCACAAAAUGUUCCCCAACUACAAGGAACAUGGUGCCGCCGGUCUACCCGGUCAAUUGGUCAUGUUCACAUCCGAUCAAUGUCAUUAUUCGGUGAAAUCGUGUGCCGCCGUUUGUGGUUUGGGUACGGACAAUUGUGUAAUGGUGCCAUCAGAUGAACGUGGUCGCAUGAUCACAUCAGAACUGGAGCGCUUGAUAAUGGAACGUAAAUCGAAGGGUCAUAUACCGUUCUUUGUUAAUGCCACAGCUGGUACCACGGUGUUGGGAGCGUUCGAUAAUCUAAAUGAAAUUGCUGAUAUCUGUCAGAAGUACAACUGUUGGAUGCAUGUUGAUGCUGCAUGGGGUGGUGGCCUUUUGUUAUCACGAAGACAUCGUCAUCCCAGAUUUACUGGCGUUGAAAGAGCUGAUUCGGUUACCUGGAAUCCACACAAAUUGAUGGGAGCUUUAUUGCAGUGCUCAACAAUACAUUUCAAAGAGGAUGGUCUCUUGAUCAGCUGUAAUCAAAUGUCGGCGGAAUAUCUUUUCAUGACUGAUAAGCAGUACGACAUUAGCUACGAUACUGGUGACAAGGUGAUUCAGUGUGGCCGUCACAAUGACAUUUUCAAAUUGUGGCUGCAAUGGCGUUCCAAGGGUACCGAAGGUUUUGAGCGACAACAGGAUCGCCUUAUGGAUUUGGCCCAAUAUCAGGUGCGACGAAUUAAAGAGCAGUCGGAUCGUUUCCAUUUAAUAAUGGAACCAGAGUGUGUCAAUGUCUCCUUCUGGUAUAUACCAAAGAGAUUGCGGGGAGUGCCACAUGAUGCCAAUAAGGAAAAGGAACUGGGCAAGAUCUGUCCCAUCAUCAAGGGCCGCAUGAUGCAAAAGGGCAGCCUCAUGGUUGGCUAUCAGCCCGACGAUCGACGACCCAAUUUCUUCCGUUCGAUUAUAUCGUCAGCUGCUGUCACCGAGGCCGAUGUUGAUUAUAUGCUGGAUGAAAUCCAUCGAUUGGGUGAUGAUUUGUAAAUUAUU